AACAAAAACAAAGCAAUACUCUUUAACCCUUCUCUGGUCAGAAGUAAAAGCCAUUGGAAAAAUCAAUGGCGAAAUCUUCUCUUCUCGGCAUCCUCAUUCCCGCCGUGUUAGCAGCGGUUCUCUUUCUCAGAACCGCCACCGCCGGCGACGACUUCAACUGGAUGCCAAUGAAUAAGCCGGCGACCUGCCAAGGAUCGAUCGCGGAGUGCAUGGCUGAUGGUGGUGAGUUCGACAUGGAUUCUGAAAUCAACCGGCGGAUACUAGCAACCACCAGCUACAUCAGCUAUGGUGCGCUGCAGGCGAACAAUGUACCAUGCUCCCAGCGCGGCGCGUCGUACUACAACUGUCAACCAGGUGCUGAAGCUAAUCCCUACACUCGGUCAUGCACAGCCGCCACGCAGUGCCGCGGUUAAAUUUUUAGCUCUUUCUUCUUCUAUUUGGCGUCGCGUUCAAUUCGUAUGUGUGUGUAUAAUAGCAGUUCUGUAAGUUCUUUGAGUAAUUGAUGCGUCACAUUUUAAUGUUUGUGGUGUGCUUCUACAUUUGUUUUUCCGAUUAGCUGAUUUACAAUUAAAGGUUUCUUAUUGUUUGGUGUUUGAAUGAUUGACAAAUACGAGAAUUCGUUUUCAUGUAUAUUUUUGUUUUUGGGGGAUAAAUUUCGCUCUUAUAUAUGCCAAAACAAAGCAAAAUGUACACAUGUUUUGCA